GAUAGACAUUUGUGGUGAGGCAGCUCACCACCCACCCCCAUGAAGGCAAAAAGCAAGCCACACUGCCUUGAGGAGCCGAGCCCUGAGCCUGGAGCAGGACAGCAAGGACAGACAUCAUUCUAGACCCCUGUGGCUUGAAUCCAUCACUCUCCAUCCCCUGUGACUAGGACCAGGGCCUCCACACUUGGAAGAGGAAGCAAAGAUCUAAGAACUCUGAAAUCUAAGAGAGGAAAAAACUGCAGCUGCUGGUCUGUGGGUCGGAACUUUGUUGGAGGCAAUGAAUUCCACGGAGACCUACUUCUCAACUGAAGAUUACUCCGACUCCCUGUAUACUGUGCCUGUGGAGGACUUGCCGUGCUCCCUGGAAGAGGUCAGGGAGUUCACCAGGGUUUUUGUGCCAAUCGCCUACUCCUUGAUAUGUGUCUUUGGCCUCCUGGGCAAUGUUAUGGUGGUGAUGACCUUUGCCUUCUACAAGAAGGCCAGGUCCAUGACCGACGUUUACCUAUUGAACAUGGCCAUUACAGACAUACUCUUUGUCCUCACCCUGCCGUUCUGGGCAGUGACUCACGCCACAGGGGCCUGGGUUUUCGGCAGCUCGCUGUGCAAACUGAUGAAAGGCAUCUACGCCGUCAACUUUAACUGCGGGAUGCUGCUCCUGGCCUGCAUCAGCAUGGACCGGUACAUCGCCAUCGUCCAGGCAACCAAAUCUUUCCGGGUACGGUCCCGGACCCUGGGACACAGUAAGAUCAUCUGUUUGGUGGUGUGGGUCAUAUCCAUCUUCAUCUCAAGCCCUACGUUCAUCUUCAAUAAUACGUACAAGUCGCAGGGCAGAGAGGUCUGCGAGCCCCGGUACAAGUCCGUCCGGGAGCCCAUCACCUGGAAACUGCUGGGGCUCGGGCUCGAGCUUCUCUGCGGCUUCUUCAUCCCUCUGCUCUUCAUGGUGUUCUGCUAUUUGUUCAUCGUCAAGACCUUGGUGCAGGCCCAGAAUUCCAAGAGGCACAGGGCCAUCCGGGUCGUGAUCGCCGUGGUCCUGGUGUUCCUGGCUUGCCAGAUCCCCCACAACGUGGUCCUUCUCAUAACCGCGGUGAACAUGGGCAAGAUGAACCGCACCUGCCGCGGCGAGGUUCGCCUCGCCUACGCCAGGAACGUGGCUGAGGUCCUGGCUUUCCUGCACUGCUGCCUCAACCCCGUGCUGUACGCAUUCGUUGGGCAGAAGUUCAGAAACUACUUCGUGAAGAUCAUGAAGGAUGUGUGGUGUGUGAGAAGAAAGAACAAGGUGCCGGGCUUCCUCUGCGCCCGGAUGUACUCGGAAAGCUACGCUUCCCGGCAGACCAGUGAGAUCAUGGACAACGACAACGCGUCAUCCUUCACCAUGUAGCACGUGUAGAAACUUGCUAGCGCGCGCGUGUGUGCGUGUGUGUGUGUGUGCGUGUGUGAGUGUGUUUGUGUGUGUGUGUGUGUGUGUG